UGCUGAUCAGAGGGAAAUGCAAGUGCCGGGCACUGAUGAUCAGUGCCCUGAUGAUCGGUGCCCAGCAGUGUCACCCGCAAGUUCCGCCCACCUGUGCCCAGCAGUGCGCCCACUAGCUCCGCCCACCUGUGCCCAGCAGUGCACCCACCUGUGCCCAGCAGUGCACCCACCUGUGCCACUCUGCAGUGCCACCUACCUGUGCCCAGAAGUGCCACCUACAUGUGCCCAGCAGUGCCACCCACCUGUGCCCACCCACCUGUGCCCACCAGUGCCACCCACCUGUGCCACCCACUUGUGCCCACCCACCAGUGCCACCCACCAGUGCCACCCACCAGUGCAGCCCAGCAGUGCUGCCAGUCAGUGCCACCAGUCAGUGCCCAGGGGUUGUGCCAGUCAGUGCCGCCAGUCAGUGCCCAGCAGUGAUGCCAGUCAGUGCCUUCUAUCAGUACCCAUCAUCAGUGUCACCUAUCAG